AUGAUCCAAUUUUUAUUACUGUGCUGUUUAAAAUUGCAAGCUUAUCAAUAAUUUAUUCUCCUCUCAAGUUCAUUUGACUCAAAUAGUUUUACAGAUACUGAUGGUAUGGCUUUAAAUUUUAUCCUUUAAAGAUUGGUAUAUAACCAAUGGAUUAUCAAGUAACAUAUAUCAAGUAUGCGGAACUGAUCGAAUAUUUGGUGGGAUAUCAAACUUUGGCAAAAUGACACUGAUAUCCAAAUUCUUCACUCUUCCACCACAUUCAAAAAUAUAAGUUAAAUUGCACUUUUGGAAGUACCAUCAUUACCUCAAUAUCAUAGACUUUCCAAUUGGGCAAACAACGAAACAAUCUAUCUACAUUUGGAUGGAAAUAGAAUUGUUUAACAAGCAGUGAGCUUACUACCCUCAGGAUCGAAUAUUUGUGGAGGAGAUGAUUACGUUUUAUCAUUAGAUGAAAUGAUCUCUCAUAAUUUUGAAAGUUUAUAAGUAAUUGUUACAGCAAAUAUAGCCUUGUAAGGAGUAAUUCAGGUAGUUGUUGUACUUAUGUAGGGGUUUUGGGGAAUUAAGAAUUUCAGACUUUUCAUUUAACUCUGUCCAGCUGGAUGUUUAUUAUGUUAGGACACUGAUUCAAGAUUCGAUUGUCUUAAAUGGACAUUAUAUGUCUCAUCGCUAACAGAAACUAUGCUAGAACACUUUAAUUAUGAUGGAUGGAAUGUUCAAAAUGGACUAGAAUAAUAUUUAUCAGAGUGUUAAUGUAAAUGAGAGUAUAUCAUUAAUCUAGCGCUUCCUAUGAUUUGUGGGCCAUAUCUUUGUGGAAUUGAUAGCAUCAUUAAGUACGAGUAAACACUUCCACCUCAUUUUAAAUUGAAAAUCCGAUUUCGAUUUUAUUAUAUUGAUAGUUGGGACUCUGAGCAUGCAUAUUUAUACGUUAAUGAUGAACUGAAAUUGGAUUCAUAAUUUCAAUUCCUUUCGAAUUUAAGAAAUUAUAGUCUAUGUGGACAAAGCAGAUUUAAUGAUCUUUCUGAAAUUUAUGAUUUUGAUGUAGGUCACGCAGAACAACUAAUUACAUUUGAAUUUAAAAAUAAUUUAGAUCAGGGCUUUAAUGAUGAAACCUUUGGUAUUAGAGAUUUUAGGAUUUAUUUAUGUAAUAAAUAUAAAAAUUAUUAGAUUGUUAAUUUGGAGAUUCACCUAGUUAAUAAUGUUCCUAAUUUUGUGGAGACUAAAUAGUUUAAUCAACCGAAGAGUGCGAUGAUGGAAAUACAACCCCAUUUGAUGGCUGUAAUAAUUGUUAAUAUGAAUGUGCGGAAGGAUGUUCAAAUUGUGUCAAGGGAAUUUGUUUAAAUUGCUAUGAAGAAUGGUAUUAUUAGAUUGCAACAAAGAACUGCUAACGAAUCGUUUUGGAGGAAUAGGUUUAAGAAUGCAUCAAUGAUAUAGGUUGCAUAAAUUAAGGAGAAGUCUGGCAUCAAAAGUGUUCUAUAAAUUGCAUCUUAUGUUAUUAAGAUAUAUGUUUAGAGUGCUAGCAAGGUUACAAUUUACUGGCUGGGGAAUGUUAAGAAAUUUGUGGAAUAUCAGCUAUUUCUAUUUUUUAAUAUCCUAAUUGUUUUUGCGAUUAAAAUUGUGAAUUGUGUAGUUUUGGUAUGUGCAAACAAUGCAUUGAUACCUAUACAUUGAUGGAUGAAAAGUGCUUGGUAAUUUGCGGAGAUGGUUUAGUAACAAUUGGAGUAGAGGAAUGUGAUGAUAAAAAUGACAUACCUAAUGAUGGGUGUUUUUAAUGUGUAUAUUAAUGUUAAUAAUCUUGUAAUACUUGCGAAAAAGGAAUUUGUACGGAUUAUUGUAAAAAUGGCAUGGCAAAGGUCAAUGGCCAAUGCUAAUCAUAUUGUGGUAAUUAGAUUAUUGAAGAAAAUGAAUAAUGUGAAGAUAAUAAUGAUAUUUAAUUCGAUGGUUGUUAUUUAUGUGAAUAUUCUUGUCCUUUGUAUUGCUCUAUUUGUGAUGAAGGAAAGUGUUUAGAAUGUCAUUUACACUUUUAUUACGAUAAUUCUACAUUUUCUUGUUAAUCAGUAUGUGGUGAUGGCAUAUUAACAUCUGAAACCGAAUAAUGCGAUGACAGUAAUACUAAUUCUGGGGAUGGAUGCUCAAGUGUCUGUAUGAUUGAAUAAGAUUGGAUUUGCAUUAAUAAUGAAGAAUGCAUCUAUUAUAAGUACCCAGAAUUAUUAACCAAUUAUGUAUUCUAAAAAAACCAAUACUAAUAUGUUCAAAUAGAAUUCACUUAAUAACUUAAAAGAUUAACCGACACUCAAGUUGAUUACUCCAAUUUUGUCUCUGCUACAAUUAUAUCAUUGGAUUAAAGUAAAUAUAAUAUUUCGAUCAUUCCUGUGUCUAAUGCUUCUACAACUCUUUCUUGGGUUAUUUAUGCAAUUGAAAUUUAUAUUGAUUAAGAGUUAAAUGAUCCCCCUUAUCUCAAUAUUUCAUUAUUAGAACCUCUAUAUAAUGAAUUCGACAUUAGGUUGACAAAUCAAAUAUCGAUUUUACAAAUCAAAAUACCUAACUAUCUAAGUAAAGAGGACAUUGAAAUUUCCAAAAAUUUAUUAGCCUAUAGUGAAAAAUCUAUCUAUUCGUUAGGAGCCCUUGCAUGCUUUUUAUUAAUCAGUGGCAAUGGAUUAGCAUUUUGGGCUGCUUUGGAGGUACUCUAAGAGUAAUCAUAUUUUAAAUAUCUCAAUAUUGUAUAUCCUCAAAAUUUAAUGAUAUAUUUUGAAGCAUCAGGAAUCAUAUCCUUAAGGCCGAUAUACAAUUCCUUUAAUUAUUAAGAGCUGCCCUCCUUUUAUUAGUUUAGAUAUUUCGAAUCAAAAGAAAAAUUUGAAUUUUAUUAAGUCAAUGCCAACAUAGCAGAGAAUAUCAAAAGUUUAGUUUUUAGCUUUAUUAUUCUGAUAGUCGUCUAUAUCUUGUCAUACAAAGCUGAAAAAUGCUUAACAAUACUUCAAAACAAGAGAUACUGUGAUAAUAAUGCAUUUCUUUCAUCAUUGUACAACAAACUUAAAUUUAGAUCUUUCAAAAAUAAAUAUUCUAUAAGGAAAUACGGACUCAAAAAACUAUUCUCUGCUAGUUGCUGGGACAUAUUUUUUAUGGUAUUUUUGUAAUUGAGUGUUAAAUAAUUUAAUCAAUUAGUUGUCAAUCAAACCAUAGCCCUAACUACUUUGUUCGCAAGCUUAUUAUAUAUAACAUCAUUUUUCAGUGGAAAAACUCUAUUUUAGAGUAUUUAAUAAUAUUGGAGGGAUAAGCUUUAGUUAUUUCUUAAUUUAAAAAAGUGUUUCAUAAUGUAUUCUCUAGUGAUAUAUUAAAGCAACUAUGUGUUGCAGUUUAUUUUGAUUUGCUUAGCUAAUUCACUUUAUUUACUAUCUUGGAUCUACUUAAAAGCUUUUAUCAAUACUUUUGAAUAUUAUCAAACCUUGAUUUUAUAGGUCACUCUAUUAAUCUUUUUACUUACUACACCAAUUUACUGGGAUUUAGAUAUAUUCAACUUUUAAUAUAGUACAAAAUUGAUUUUAGGAUGGUUUCACAUUUUCAUCUUUUUAUUCGUGAUCGUGUUUUUCCUCGUUGCUGAUACUAUACUUAGUUUAAAGCAAGUUUUAAAUUUUAUAAACAGAUCCUUGCAAACAUAAUUUAAUCAAGAGAAAGAAGAGAAAGAAGAGAAAGAAAAAAAGGAUAAAUAAAACGCUGAAUUGUAAGGUAGACCUAUCAAAUUUAUAGCUUGCUUGCUAAUUUGA